AUGGCUAGCACAGCAAAGAGCGCGGUGCCGUCGCACUUGAAAUCCGGUGCCAAUGGCGCCGAGGGCGAGAAGCACCACGCAAAGUCCCAAUCACAUGUGGCGUUCGAAAACACCUCCACAUCCGUCGCCGCCUCCCAGAUGCGCAAUGCCCUCAACAACCUCUCAGACUCUGUCAAGGACCCACAAGAGAAGAAGCGUUUCGAGACUGAGAUGGACAACUUCUUUGCUCUCUUCCGUCGCUACUUGAACGACAAGGCCAAAGGCAACGAGAUCGACUGGAGCAAGAUCGCACCACCAAAGCCAGAGCAGGUCGUCGACUACAACAGCCUUGGCAACACCGAGUCUGUCGACUUCCUCAGCAAGCUCGCUGUGCUCAAGCUCAACGGCGGUCUUGGUACAUCCAUGGGCUGUGUCGGUCCCAAGUCCGUCAUUGAAGUUCGUGACGGCAUGUCCUUCCUCGAUCUUUCCGUCCGCCAGAUCGAGUUCCUCAACCGCACAUACGAUGUCAACGUCCCCAUGGUGCUCAUGAACUCGUUCAACACCGACAAAGACACCGCAAACAUCAUCAAGAAGUACGAGGGCCACAACAUCGACAUCAUGACCUUCAACCAGUCCCGCUUCCCACGUGUCCUCAAGGACUCUCUCCUCCCAGCACCCAAGAGCUCCGAAUCCCAGAUCUCCGACUGGUACCCUCCGGGCCACGGUGACGUCUUCGAGUCCCUCUACAACUCCGGCAUCCUCGACAAACUGCUCGACCGCGGCAUCGAAAUCCUCUUCCUCUCCAACGCCGACAACCUCGGCGCCGUCGUCGACCUCAACAUUCUGCAGCACAUGGUCGAGACAAGAGCAGAGUACAUCAUGGAGUUGACAGACAAGACCAAGGCCGACGUCAAGGGUGGCACAAUCAUCGACUACGAAGGCCAAGCCCGUCUCCUCGAAAUCGCUCAGGUGCCCAAGCAGUACGUCAACGAAUUUAAGUCGAUUAAGAAAUUCAAGUACUUCAACACCAACAACAUCUGGAUGAACCUCCGCGCCGUCAAGCGCGUGGUGGAGCAGAACGAGUUGGCGAUGGAAAUCAUCCCCAACGGCAAGAGCAUCCCCGCAGACAAGAAGGGCGAGGCGGACAUCUCCGUCAUUCAGCUCGAGACUGCGGUCGGUGCGGCUAUCAAGCACUUCCACAACGCCCACGGCGUCAACGUCCCGCGCAGGCGUUUCUUGCCCGUCAAGACUUGCUCGGAUCUCAUGCUCGUCAAGUCGGACCUCUACACCCUCAAGCACGGCCAGCUCAUGAUGGAUCCCAGCCGUUUCGGCCCGGCUCCUCUGAUCAAGCUCGGCAGUGACUUCAAGAAGGUCUCGCAGUUCCAGGGCCGGAUUCCUUCGAUCCCGAAGAUUUUGGAGCUCGAUCAUCUCACUAUUACUGGUGCGGUUAACCUUGGCCGUGGGGUCGUGCUUAAGGGGACGGUGAUUAUUGUGGCUACGGAGGGGAGCACGAUUGAUGUCCCGCCGGGUUCCAUCCUGGAGAAUGUGGUUGUGCAGGGGAGUUUGAGGUUGUUGGAGCAUUAG